AAACCAAAUACGUGGUGGGUUCACCACAAACCUUGCCUUUUCAAAUCAGAUCAAAAUGGACAAAAUCAACCCUCCACACUCUCCCACUUUCUCUCUCACUCUUCAUCAGUCCUUCCUUAAUUUUGUCUUUGCUUUUUUCUUCUACUUGUUCUUCCUCCUCUUUGGACACAAUUCAGAUCCUAGAGUUGGUUUUCUUGUUUGCCUUUAGAAGCUCAAAGCUGGUCGAAUUCAAGCCUUUUUCCUUUUUGUUUUUAGGGUAGCAGAAGACCCAAAGGAUCCUGCUUGGCUUUUCAACUCCCUAUAUCUUCCUGGAAAACAUUAAGCCUGUCUUCCACGUCCCAGUAAUAGUUGGAAAUGGGAGGUGUAUGAUAAAUCAUUCGAAAUGGCAGAAACAAAACUAGAAGCUAAAAUGGUUGAAGCUAUGCAGCGAAGGGCUUCUGAAGGAACUGCAAUGAAAUCCUUUAACAGUAUUAUCUUAAAAUUCCCUAAAAUUGAUGAGAGCUUAAGGAAUUGUAAAGCCGUGUUUGAGCAGUUUGAUGAGGACUCAAAUGGUGCAAUCGACAAUGAAGAGCUGAAAAAAUGUUUCAACAAACUUCAAAUUUCAUUCACAGAGGAGGAGAUAAGUGAUCUGUUUAAGGCAUGCGAUUUCAAUCAAAAUAUGGGAAUAAAGUUCAACGAGUUCAUUGUACUUCUUUGCCUAGUCUAUCUUCUCAAGGACAAUGCUCCUGGACAUGAAGGUAAAUCACGAAUGGGAAUGCCAAACUUGGAGGCCACAUUCGAAACCUUUGUUGAUGCAUUCGUGUUCUUGGACAAGAACAAGGAUGGUUUUGUUAGCAAGAACGAGAUGGUUCAAGCCAUAAAUGAAUCCGGGGAGCGUUCGUCUGGACGAAUAGCCAUGAAAAGAUUUGAAGAAAUGGACUGGGAUAAAAAUGGAUCAGUGAGUUUCAAAGAGUUUCUUUUUGCAUUCACAAAUUGGGUUGGAAUCGACGAUGCGGAAGAUGACGAAGAUGAGGAAGAAGGGACGGUCUGAAUCAACAUAUAUACAUAUCAAGUGAUGAUGACAUUAUGAUUGGUAGCUCAGCAAUGAAGUCUCCUUUGUUUCUUUGUUUUCCAAUAAUCAUAUGAAUGGCCAAGUUGAUAUACAA